ACUUUUUGAAUUGGUUCAAGACAUCCAGACAGCCACUACAGGACAACUGAAGACACUUAUGAAAGAGGGCUUCCAGAACUGCUGCAGAGUGGCAAGAACAAUGGGCCAAAUUUGAUGGAAGAUGUCGUCUGAAGGCCAAGUAAAUGUUCUUCAUAAAUUCAAGGGGAUCCUCUUUUCUACUAUGUCUUCAGAAGAACUUCUUAAUGCUUUGGAUUCUUUUCCUGUAAGACAAGAUGAUGUGUUCCUGGUUUCCUAUCCAAAAUCUGGGACUCACUGGGUUGCGGAGAUCAUUGAGAACAUUCCCAAUGCUAGCAUCGCGCUCACGUCUCCUAUAGAACUGGGAGACAUUUCAAAACUUGAAGAGCUAGAAAUGUACUCUGAGAGAAGAGUGAUCCCGACACACUUAAGCUAUGACCUGCUACCUGCGAAUAUCAAACAGAAGCAAUGCAAGAUUAUCUACAUCGUUCGAAAUCCGAAAGAUACAGCUGUUUCCCUGUACCACUACUACAGAGAUAAUCCUAAUCUACCUUGCAUUGAAACAUGGGAUGCAUUUUUGGAGCUGUUCCUCAAGGGAGAAGUUGUGUACGGAUCCUGGUUUGAUCACGUUUUGAGCUGGGAAGAGCACAGAAAUGAUGAAAAUGUUCUAAUUAUAUUCUACGAAGAAAUGAAGAAAGAUUUUUCUAAAAGUUUCAAGAAGAUAGCGACUUUCCUCGGAAUACAUGUGAAUGAUAGUGAAGUUAAUGAGAUUGCUUGGAAAACAUCAUUCAGUGAAAUGAAAAGUCAUUCAGUUAAAGAAAAUGAUGAUGUCAGUCACACAAUCUGUGCCCUCACAUCGGACAGGAACCUGGUGUUCAGGAAAGGAGUGGUGGGCGAUUGGAUAAACCACUUUACCCCCAAGCAGAAGAGAGCAUUUGAUGAACUAUUCACUGAGAAAAUGAACCAGAGCGAACUGGCAAGACACUUGAAGGAAAUCUCUUAAUACAAAUGGGAAAUGAAAGCCAUUUUCAUUUUCUACCAUGCAA